AUGGAAGAUACAUCAUCACCCAACAAGAAAAUAUUGAUCAAAGAUCUGAUUAAAGGAAUAGAUUCUAGUAAGAGCCUACAGAAUCUAGUUGGCCAGAAUAUUGACAAUGAUGGGUCGGUUUCAGCUUUCUCCAACGUCCAUUCGCUCUCCACUGUUGGCAAAUCCGGCAGGUUUUCUCCGGUUCCUGUGAGUACAUACAUGAGCUCGGCUUGUUCCGGUGAUCAGACGCAUGAAUCAGAAAAAAGCGAAAAGAAGCGGGUGCCGGUGGUAAAGGACUGGAGAGCUGGAAGUUACAAGACACGAAAAGCGAAAUAUUCAUCGGUUAAGAUAGUUAGCACUCUUAUUGACGAUGGCUAUUCUUGGAGGAAAUAUGGGCAGAAGGCCAUUCACGGUGCUAAAUAUGACAGGAACUAUUAUAGAUGUACACACAAAUGUGAACAGGGAUGCCAAGCGUUAAAACAAGUUCAAAAACUGGAAGAUGAACCACAAAUGUAUCGUGUUACAUAUCAUGGGCAUCACACAUGCCAAAUGAUCGACGAAAACACACACUUGUUUUCGGACUAUCAGGAUCUAAGUUUCCGUCUACUUAAUUCUAUGGACUCUAAAACUAUCCAUUUACCAAAUAGCCCCUCAACAAUCAGUAAUACCCAUAUUAACCCCUCAAUAGAGCAAGAAGUUAAUUCUAAUGCACAAAGUAUUGGUUAUGGCCAAUCAACCAUUGGAUUGUGGAACGAUGUUUCCGAAAAUGGAUCUUCCGUCAAUGAUUUAACGUUUGAUGAGAGUUUAUUCUGUACGUUUGAUUUUUAA